AUGAUCGACUUAUGCACAUUCAAUGAACUACGUAUUAACAACACAUUCUACGACCAUAAAGAGCAACACAAAUUCACAUUUAGCAAUACUAGAGGCCACAGAUCUACAAUUGACUAUAUUGUUACAAACAGAUAUAUACAUCCACUUCAAAUAUUAGAUAUCAGGACGCUGAACUCAGCCGAUGUAGGAAGCGAUCACAGUCUGUUACUUGCAAAAAUCAAAUUAAAAUUUAAACCUCAUAAGAAACUACGACAAGAAACUCAAGAAGUUAAGAUAAACAUCGAAUCGCUAUGGGACUUGUCGAUUAAACAACUACAUGAGAAAAGACUGACAGAGAAAAUCCAAGUAAAGCCAAUAAAAGCAGAGGAUAGCAUAAAUACCUCCUGGGAUAAACUAAAGAACAACAUCAAAGAGGCCGCAUGUGAAGCUUUAGGCACCCGGACUAUAAAAAGAAAUAAUAGCACCAAAAUAAAUAAAACUCCGUGGUUCCGCCCAGAAAUUAAAGAAAAAUGUAGAGAGAAAAAAAUAGCAUACCUCAACUACAGAACAUUACGCACACGAGAAUCAUUCGAAACAUAUAGACGAAUCCGAAACGAGACAACAGCACUAGUAAGACAAACAAAAAACCAACAUUGGGAAAUUUUCUCUAAAUGA